AUGACAUGUGACAUGAUAUUAAAGCUACAAAGUAAGCUGUAUGAACUAUUUCAGAGGUUUUAUCUUCCAACAGCACGACAGAUGAGAAGAACAGAGUCUGUUAAACGAUCACCUGUUUAUAACCACUUCAGUGAGACGAUUACUGGUGCCAGUGUUAUACGAGCAUAUAGAUGUCCGGACCGAUUUGUGCGGGAAUCCAGACAACGCAUUGAUGAAAAUAUCAAAUUUUAUUACGCCGCAAUAUCUGGCGCAAGAUGGGUAGGAUGGCGACUUGAACUGAUGGGAAAUUUCGUGGCGUUCUUGGCGGCAUUGUUUGCCCUAGUUUCCUAUGAUUUAAACGGCGCGCAAGUUGGGAUGUCGGUCACCUAUGCUGUGCAACUUACAAUAACCUUGAACUUCGGAGUGUUUGCAAUCAGUGAGAUGGAAAUGAACAUCAUAUCAGCUGAACGUGUCACUGAAUAUACCACCCUACAACCCGAGGCCAGCUGGGAUAAGGGCAGUAGUUCACAUCAUUUAGCUCAGUGGCCACAGUUUGGUAGGAUUGACUUUCAGGGAUACAAGACCCGGUAUAGAGAAGGUCUGGAUCUGGUGUUACAUGGAAUACACUGUACUAUCAGGGAGGGAGAAAAGGUUGGGAUAGUUGGUAGAACGGGAGCCGGGAAAUCUUCGCUAGCCCUCGCUCUUUUCCGGCUGAUAGAAUCGGCGGACGGUGCUAUAAUGAUUGAUGGUGUAGAUAUAUCAACACUGGGUCUUCAUGAACUGAGACAAAAACUAACUAUACUUCCACAGAGUGUCGGACAAAGACAAUUAGUUUGUUUAGCACGGACACUCUUACAUAAAACAAAGAUUCUCAUACUAGACGAGGCAACUGCAGCUGUUGAUAUGGAGACGGAUGACCUCAUUCAAGAUACCAUCCGUAAACAAUUCAGUGAGUGUACAAUAUUAGCAGUUGCUCAUAGACUUAGUACAGUAAUGGAUUAUGACAGGAUAAUGGUCCUAGACAAAGGUAAACUGGCAGAGUUUGAUACACCAGCAUUCCUGUUAGAUAACACUGAAAGCAUAUUCUAUGGAAUGGCGAAAGACGCCGGCAUUGUUUGACGUCAUACGUGUCGAUCUGUGUCGAAAUGUGUGACGUAAUGUACCAGAAACAAGAAGCUUACUGUUGUCAUUAUUCUCAGGCAGUUAUUGAUUCUAUCUAUUCAAGAUGACACAUCCAACGUUUACUUUAUUAUUUUAAAACGAGAUACGAAUAUUCCACGCUAUAUUGUUGAAUAUAGGCCUACUCUAUCUUUUAUUUUGCACGUUUGUAACGUCGCUUUUCAUUGGAUAAUAUUGAUGUUUAUAUAGAUUAUGUCUAUUAUGUGAAACUUACAAAUGAACGUUAAUUUAAGAAUAAAAAUUUAAAUGCAGAAAUUAUAUCUCACAAUGUUUUUAUUUUGUAUUGUUUUUGUUUUAAGUCACACCGACACCAAAAUAGUCAUAUAGUGACAUUAACGCCGGUGACCGUCCGUGCUUUAUUCAGUCACGAACUGGCACCUGACUAGAGCAAACGACAAUCCCUAAGCUAGUACAGAGAAUGUUGUAUAAUUUUCAUAACUUGUUCACUUACAAGUAUAUCGUUAUAACAAACUAAUUGAAGUCACGUGAUGUACAAUUAAGAGAGAGAAAACACACUACAGAGCAACUUUUUUAAA